UAAGAGAAUUGAUAAAAUUCUGAACUUUAAUUGGAAUUCUUACUAUAUAAAAGCUCGAAGUUAGUUCAUUUCCGAACAGAAGUCAAUCGUUUAUUUCCGAAUAGAAAUCUAUCGUUUGUCGUUGUUGUACGUUUGAAAAUUAUCCUACGUAAAUCAGAGUAUAUUCUGCAUCAUCAUCAUGAAAUCAUUAUCGAUUGCUUUGCUGUUCACCCUUUCGAUUGCUUUUGCACUUGCUAGUCCAGCUCCAGAUGCAGCCGCCGCCGCUGUACCAGAAAAAGAGCAGAAAGCUACUACGGAAUGUAACGCAACCAACCCAGUCCAGCAAAAUCCUCGUGAAAAGAUUGCUGUAGUCGUCGCUACCGGACAAAAAGCCCAAUUCAGUCAUGAAGAAAAAUGCUUUUUGAACUGCUUCCUCCAGAAAGUUGGCUUCUUUGACGAAAACUCUAACAUCAAAAACGGUUCAGGAUUGAUCAAAUACACAGUCAAACAAGCACCAGAACUCGCAAAAUACAGUGAUGUACUGAUCGCUCAAAUAUUCCAAAUCAGCCGAUCAACCAAACAUUUCGAAGACAAAUGCCAAAAAGCUUUCGUAGUUUACCACCAAUUCGCCCAGGGUGUUUUCACAUUGGCAGUAGCUGAAGGUUUACAAAGCCUUACCGGUAUCAAGGAAAAAAUUAUCAACGCUGUCGAAAAUGGACAAAACGUAGAUCAAGACAUUCAAAAACAAGUUCAACAAUACUUGACAUUUUUCGAUGCUUUAGUAACUGCGUUCGCUCAAGAAUCCCAGAAAGCAAGUCAAUAAGUUUUGAAUGAUUGAGUAGCUCCUGUUUUUUGUACAGAUAUUUUUAAGCACGAUUGUGUGAAUGUUUUUCAUUUGUAAAAUAUAGACUUGGAACAUUGCAA